GGGGAAAUACCAUCUGCUCUAAAACAACCGAUCACUGAAACGAAAAAAAAAAAAAGCAAAAUGGCAAGCUCACAAAGACUGAUGAAGAUUCAAUCGGAACUCAAACAAAUCCAGAGAACAUGGCCGUUGGAUCCACUGAGAAUCAAUCAACCAGAACUUCAAAUCUCUUCGUCUAUCUCCAAAGCUAUCGAACGAGUCUUCUCGAAUAAUUACAAGAACGAUCAGUCCGUCUCUUCUCAAGAACUACUGGAACAAAAAACUCUAGAGGGGGCUGAGAAGAUGUUAUCUAGUUUGGAGAACCUUUCGAACGGUAGUAUUGCAAGACAAUAUCCUUUCCCGAAAUCGAUGCGCAAUCCGGCCUCGUUUCCUGGCCAUUAUGAGGAGUUGAACGAAGGCGUCCAACGAGCUAUCAGAGGAGAAUCUUUACCCUGGUAUCGAAGAUGGAUUAGAUUUACGUGAAAAACAUCGUCAUUCACUUCGUCUCCAGUCCUUACAACGUCCAUCAAAAUCAUACUCCAGCAAAAAGCUUGUUCUCGAUGGCCCAUCGUAUCUUCGAUCACUUCUUCUGUUGUGUCACAAAGAAAACUGUCCUAUAUAUAAGCCUCUGCAAUGUAAAUUUAACCUGACAAUAACGAGUCAAAUACAAAGAAAACCAUGCUUAUACAUAA